UCACUGGUUCGAAAAACUUACCCAUCACACAAGCUGAAAGGCUGAAGGAGCUCAAGUCUUUGACGAUUCCUCUUUGUUUUUAUCUAAGAUCUAGGAUACUUUCUGGUUGUGAGAGUAGUUGCUGUCUUUUAGAAGUAUUUGGGAGAGUCUAAAAGACAUCUUGUGGUGUUUUGUUUAUUUGAGCGUGCUCUACAGCCAUUUUGGCGCCAGUCAAGACUGAUUUGAUAGCAGUCUUUUGCUCAGAUUGCAAGCCACCUAUUCAUACUCUACAGCUUGUGUUUCCGACGUUCCGAGGACAGGAAUCUGUUCUGCUACGUUUAGCAACUCAGUUAUAGAAUAACUGUGGUUUUUAUCGAACUGUAAGCAGAAAAGAUACAACCAUUAUGGCAAGUAUGGCUUCACUCUUUUCGUUUACACCGCCUGCCGUCAAGCGCCUUUUAGGCUGGAAGCAAGGCGACGAAGAAGAGAAAUGGGCCGAAAAAGCUAUCGAAUCGCUAGUCAAAAAGCUGAAAAAGAAGAAAGGGGCYUUAGARGACUUGGAAAAAGCUUUGUCUAACCCAAAUCAGCCGUCACAAUGUGUGACUAUCGCAAGGAGUUUGGAUGGCCGUCUUCAAGUUUCGCAUCGCAAAGGCCUUCCUCAUGUAAUCUACUGUCGUGUAUGGCGAUGGCCAGAUUUACAGAGUCAUCACGAGCUUAAACCUUUAGAAUGCUGCGAAUAUGCUUUUGGUUUAAAGCAGAAAGAAGUCUGUAUAAAUCCUUAUCAUUAUCGUCGAGUCGAAAGUCCAGUUCUUCCUCCCGUGUUAGUUCCUCGGCAAAGCGAAUAUGCUCGACCACCGCCACCUCUUCCACCACCAUUUCGCGCUGCCGAAGACCCGCCGAUGCCGUACAACGCAUCUUUUCCCUUUGUAAAUCGCCCUAGACCAAGUACUGCCGAACAGUCGCCACCAAACUCCUUUGAAAUUUCAGAAUCUGGAACAGGUUACAUGUCAGAAGAUGGWGGUUCCCCCCGUCCUGACACGAUGGAUGUGGAUUCCCCAUCUGGACACAUCCCAACGCCAGCAGAUGUAAUGUCCCACGUUACAGCUGUCAAUUACCAAGAACCUCUAUCCUGGUGUUCCAUUGCAUACUACGAGCUAAAUAACAGAGUUGGUGAGUUAUUUCAUGCCAAAAGCACCAGCCUAAUAGUGGAUGGCUUCACUGACCCCAACACGUCCAACUCUGAAAGGUUCUGUCUAGGACUGCUGUCAAAYGUUAACCGAAACUCCACUAUAGAAAACACUAGAAGACAUAUAGGGAAGGGUGUUCACUUAUAUUAUGUAGGCGGCGAAGUGUAUGCAGAAUGCCUGAGUGACUCAGCCAUAUUUGUACAAAGUAGAAAUUGCAAUCACAGUCAUGGCUUCCACCCUACCACAGUGUGUAAAAUCCCAAGUGGGUGUACUCUGAAAAUAUUCAACAAUCAAGAGUUUGCACAACUUCUCUCACAGUCRGUCAAUUAUGGAUUUGAGGCUGUGUACGAGCUAACCAAAAUGUGCUCAAUCAGAAUGAGUUUUGUAAAAGGUUGGGGUGCCGAGUACCAUCGUCAGGAUGUCACAAGUACACCUUGCUGGAUUGAGGUACAUUUGCAUGGUCCUUUACAGUGGCUGGACAAGGUUCUUAGUCAAAUGGGAUCUCCCAGGAACCCAAUCUCAUCUGUCUCCUAAAAGAAGGAUUUUUAUCUUCAUUGCCUUGUUGGCUGUGUAUUUGCUGUAUAUUGUAUUAAAGUAGUUUCAAUUAAUGAACAUUUUGGGUUAAAGUUGUGUUUUCUGUGAAUACAGCAUGAGCAGUGAUUGAUUGAAGCAUUGCUUGUAUUAAAUGCAUAAUAUUUUACUAAUUUUUAUAAUCUAUCAUUCCUGCCUGUAAAAUGAGUUCUUGAACAUGUGUAACACCCAGUCUGUACUAUAUGCUGAACCAGCAAAUCAUAUUGUGAUGAAUAAGGUCACCAUGUUUAUGUACAGUAGUUCAGUAAUAAAAUAAUACUAUUACCAUUAAUUUUA